CGCAAUUGCCGCCAUAUUGGAUAAAGGACGGAGCCAUGAUGGAUGAACAUAAAGUUAUAAAUCAGGCAAAAGUAUACAAUGUAUACUACUAUUAGUGUUAAAUUCACGGAUUGCCUUCAAAUUCGUUGAGAGCGGCUGGCUGUUUUGUUUGAAAUCAAAGGAGUUGAGGAUAUUUUAUUUCAAAUCGUGAACACCAUCCGACCAGCACCAUGACGGAAAGUCAUUCCGAACACGCGGAGCCAACAAUGAUUAUGUUUGUGUUCACCAGUUGUGCUCUAGGCGCUCUGAUUCGAUUCAUAAUGAAGAGCACGAUACUGCAAAAGUUACGCCUUCCAUACACGGUGAUUUUGCUGCUGUUUGGAUCGUUGAUUGGCAUUAUCUCCAGCCAAGUUCCAAGUUUUGCUGCCUACACAACCAUUGUCCAUAUAAACCCACAUACGCUUCUCAAUGUGUUUCUGCCCGUUCUUGUGUUCGAAUCUGCUUUUGCAAUGGAAGCUCAUACAUUCCUCAAGUCGUUCGUACAGAUUGUGAUCCUUGCUAUUCCUGGAUUGGCAAUUGCAACUGGACUGACAGGACUCUUUGCUAUGUUUGUUUUUACAUACGAGUGGACGUGGACUGAGUCUAUGAUGUUUGGAUCCAUCUUGAGUGCCACUGACCCAGUGGCUGUUGUGGCAUUACUUAAAGACCUAGGCGCAUCUAAGCAGCUUGGCACAUUGAUCGAAGGUGAAUCACUCUUGAAUGAUGGAGCGGCUAUAGUGCUGUUCAAAGUCUUUUUGAAGUUGGCCACACCAGGAAUGACAAUGGCAGGCCAUGAGAUUUUAUUUGAGUUUUUGCAAGUCGCUCUGGGUGGCCCUGCAUUCGGCCUUGUGAUGGGGAAGCUAACAACAUAUUGGCUGUCCAAAAUAUUCAAUGACGCAUUGACGGAAAUAACAAUCACACUGGCAUCAACAUAUGUCACUUAUUACAUUGGCGAACAGUUUCUUAAAGUUUCUGGGGUUCUAGCUGUCGUCGUUCUUGGGGUCAUCGUCAGUGCUGAGAAGACAAGUAUCAGUCCGGAGGUUGAGGCCUUUUUACACAGAUUCUGGGAGAUGUUGGCGUACUUAGCGAACACGUUGAUCUUCAUCCUUGUUGGUGUUGUAAUCACAGAACGUGCUCUGGGAGGGAUAACUGGACUGGAUGCAUUUUAUAUGCUCGCUCUCUACUUUGCAAUAACUGUUAUACGAGGAAUCACCAUAGGAUUUUUUAGUCCAAUUCUAGCAAGAAUUGGUUACGGUUUGCCAUGGCGCAAUGGGUUAGUGAUGACAUGGGGAGGCCUCCGUGGAGCAGUUGGCCUUGCGUUGGCGCUCCAAGUUGUACAAGAUUCUAACCUCAACAAUGAACGGAUAGGGAAUAAGGUGUUCUUGCACACAGCAGGGAUCGUAGUAUUAACACUGGCCAUCAAUGCGACAACUAUAUCAGGACUGUUGAAAGUACUAGGGAUGAGUGAUAUUUCUGCGCCUAAAAGGAUGGCAAUGGCUAGUGCAGUGAGACAUCUUGAGGACCGCCAACGUAUCACUCUCAGUAUGUUGAAAACAGAUCGUUUCCUGGCAGACGCAGAUUGGGACAUGGUUGAGAAAAUGGUCAGCGUCCAAGACCCAUAUCACACGCUAGACGAAGAGGCUGAACUGGAAAACCUGACAUAUUUACAAAGAACCAGCACUUGUGAAUAUUGCGAACAUGAAGUUCAGAAUCUUCCAUCACCUGCAGAAUUCAAAGAGAUGGAAAAUGAAGCCAGACUGAGGGUACUCAAAGCACAGAAGAUAGCUUACUGGAAGCAGUUCGAGCACGGAAUGCUGUCUCGCGAGGCCGUUCGUAAAUUGGUUGACGCUGCGGAAACGGCAAGUGAUGUGAUCGGGGCUUUCAUUAACGUAGAAGAACUGAAGAAAACGUGGAAAGUAGGCAGGUUUUAUGCUAACAUCAAACGUCGUCUUGAGAUGUGGAUAAUGAAGAAACCAGAAGAAGAAAUUGUACUACCUGAGAAUAAAGUCAGACGUCGGUGUAAUAUAAUAGCUCGCUCUGAUUGGUUUGAAUAUGCCAUAUUUGCUCUGAUUGGUAUAAACUGCACAGAAGUGAUCAUUGAACUGGUUUUUACAUACUCCAGACCCGAAGCAGUCCAGGUCCCAACAGAGAUCUUCGAUGGGACCAAAACCAUAACAGUGUUAAAGAAUAGUCCAUAUUUUGACUGGUCCACCAGAGUGUGCAACUAUGUGUUCUUAUUGUGCUACAUUGUAGAAGCCGUCAUCAAGACCCUCGGAUAUGGACCACUUGAGUACAUCAAGAGUCACUGGAAUCAGUUUGAUCUGCUUUUGAUCUUCCUCUCUGUGGCGGAUGUAAUCAUUGAACUGACUGUCAACCAGGAUGACGUCUCCAACAUUACCUCUACUACCAACAUAUUCAAAGUAGUUAAGAUCUUCCGAAUUCUGAGGAUCUCUAGGGUGCUGAGAUUAUUCAAGGCAGCAGUACCACAGAUGAUUGGUGUAAUAAACAGGAGGAUCAACAAACAGUUGAGGUUAGGGUAUGAUGUGGGAAAGGGCUACAUAUUCGGCGAAGAGGAAGUUAGGAAAGUCGUGGAUCAGAUGGUGGAUGAUCGCAACAUUGCUAAAGAACUGAAAGUUGUUAUAGAUAAAGGCAGACUCCAAGUUAUAAAGGAGUUGGGUAUGCUGCAGAGAGAGCAUCCGGGUAUAGCUGUAUCGGUAAAGACUGUUCAAGCCAUUAGAACCAUCCUGAAUAACAUGAGGGACUGCAUACAUGAGCAGAAAGGAGAUGGACUGCUUGACGAAGGAGAAGCCGUAAAGCUUGAAAUGAUGGUUGAAGAACGCAUGAAAAGAUUAUUGAGUGCACCAGCGACGAUCCCGCCUCCACUUCCAGAGGAUAUCAUGGGCAAUCUGUCCUGGGUGGCAAAGGACCAAAGACUGCUCGCCUUCCUCAAAGAUUGUGCCGAACUGGUUCAUUACAAUCAUGGCGAAGUGAUCAUGCGUGAGGGCGAAUCAACGAAAGGUGUUUACAUUAUUGUCUCUGGUAUCGUUAGGUUUGAAGGCACAGUGAUAGAUAGAACUGCUGAUAUUACUGAAUCGAAGGACUCUUCUAUAUUCACUCAAAAUGAGAUUUACACGGACUAUAUGACAAUUGGAAACGUCAUCGGAGAAUUGGGCGUACUGUUGGAUCGCCCACGGACUGCCACUGCUACAUCAGAGACAUCCGUGCAGUUGUACUUCAUCAGUGGUAAUGAUAUGAUGCGAGCGUUGAAUCUGUUCUCCCAGCUCGAGUAUAGACUUUGGCGAGUGUGUGCCAUCAGGUUGGCAUGUGGUAUUCUGAUGAAACUCCCAUCAUUCCAGGGUUGGACACAGGAAAAGAUAAAACUUCAUCUAGAGAAGAGUUACUUGGUAGAUCUCCAUGGUGAUCAGAAGUUCAUCAUGGUUGACCCAUCAUUUGCAGACACACUGCUUAUACAAGGUAAAGGUAUAAUCGCUCACUCCAGAGUGGAGGUUGAAGGACCAUGCGUCUUACCAAGGAACACCAACAAACUGAUACUUGUGGAAGAUGAUGAGAUCAGACAUGUCAUUCUGAUCGUUCCCACUGAGAAUGCCCCGUCGAACAAGAUGGUGAACAUUGAAGGAUCUACCACCAGUAUCGUGGGACCAGGGCCACAGAAGACAAGUAACAUGUGUCUGCGCCACUCUUCCAACUACAAGGUAGAACUACAGAGGAAAGUCAGCUUGCACCAAGAAAAGUCCAAAAGUAGAUUGAACCUAGCAAUAAGCCGACAACAAUCCCGAUACCCAAUUCAGACCCACCAGCUAACGUGUAAAGAGAAGCUACCUCCAAUUGGACAAACAGAGGCAUCAACAUUACCCGCAGAACCAUCAACGUUUCCCCAGCAUUCUGGUGUAGACCCUAUCAUACAAAAUCAUGGCCCUGCACCCCUGACAUUAAGCUCAACUGCAGUAGCUCCAGUUGGCGAACAACGGAAACAUUUUGACAUAUAGAUAGGCAAGAGUUUUAUGCCAUACCCCAGGCCAGUAACCAUUGUAAUGAGAUUUUAGACAAUGAAAAACAAAUCUCAAACAGAAGCACCUUCUUAAACCGAUGCUGUAUGCAUGCUUUUUUAUCAAUGGAUAUGUAUGAUACCAAAAUAUUAAAUCUAUUAUGAGAUAAACUCUCACAAAUGAUUACAAGCUGAAAGAAAAAUAACAUAUCUGAUAUGCAUGGAAAACACGCCAUCGCAAAUUAACAGCAGUAGGCUACAUGUAAAAGUAAUACUUGACUGAGAUACCAAUGAUAUAACGGAGUCUCAUGCUCAAACGCAAAAAUGUGUAGUUGAUUCGUGUUUCAAAAACAUUUUAGACUUGAAGAGCUGCAUUAAAAUCACAUUUGGAACAAUUUGAAUUAUCUAAGAAGAAUAUGGAGGAAUGUUGAAAGGAAAUAUCUGAUCCACCGUGGUCCUCUGUGCUUCUGUACAUGACUGUAAAUUCAUAAAAUACAAAACAAUACUAAUAUCAUAGGCACUAGGUCGAAAGAAAAUGGCAUUGAGAAAUUACAAAUUGAAAGACUAGGCUACUUCUUUUUCAAUUGACCUUGUCCCUAACCACGCGGUGCCAACUUCGACCAUUUAUUGUUUGAAAAUCAACGUUUGUGACUCUCAUACUGCUCCGUUUUUCUUUAAACUUGUUCCAUUAAAAGCAAAACAAAAAUGCCUUUCUGUUUGUACAUUAUACUGUUAUC